AUGGACUGGUGCUGUUGGAAUUACGGUGUGGGAUGCAUGCACUUCAACUGCGAAGGACAUGAGACUUCCUGGACAGACUUGCAGAGCAAGUGGUGCUGCGAAGUCCGGGGCAUGGGCUCCCAGUGCGUGGCCAUGUCCCUUCCUUUUGACUGUGGCCAAAACCUCGGCAGCUGGAAAAGCUGGGGCCCAGAGAAGAAGCAGUGGUGCUGCGACUACCAGGGGCUCGGUUGCGGCGAGGAGUUCGAGGACAGCCAGGAGAAGGCAUCCGUGGCCAAGGCCGCUGCAGACGCGGCCCCGAGAGCGCCCGGGGAGGCUCAGCCGGAGUCCGGCUCGCCAGGCUCCGUCUCCACCACCCUCUUCACAAAGUGCCAGUCCGAGUGUGUCAUCGACGAAGUGCAGGCAACCUGUUCCGACUGGGUCGUGGACUUUGCGAAGGUGGCCUACAGAGGACAGCACAACGCAUGCGGCCAGGCCUACUCCCUCACGAGGGUGAAGUGUGGCAGAGCGUGCGACGAGUGCCCAAUCGACUUGAUCAACUGCGAGUUUCUCAACAGCCUGCCGCCGAAGAAUCCGGAUGCAGAUGAGAGCACCCUGGAGGGAGGCGCAGUGGCGGAAGGAAGGGCCCAGAGCAUCAUGGCUAUCGUGACCACGACCACGACGACCGUGGUGGAUGGAUGCACGGAUGGCUGUGUCGUCGACGGCUCACGCAAUUCCUGUGCCGACUGGGUGAUGACCUUCGCCAGGCAGGCGUACCGAGGACAGCCUGACAUCUGCCCACAGGCCUACACUCGGAUGCGGGUGGAGUGUCGGACAGCGUGCAGCCGCUGUUCACUGGACGCCAUUGAUUGCAAGGCCAUCAACGGCUUGCCGCAGCCGCCGGCCACGCAGAGCGACACAACCACAAUUCAGACAACGACUGAGGCAGUGACAACUACCACCCCACUUGCUGCCAAGGCUAUUUUCAUUUACACGACCACCACAACCACGACGACCACCACGACCACCACGACCACCACAACCACAACGACCACCACAACGACUACGACCACCACAACGACGACCACCACCACAACAACCACACCCACCCCAACCACUGCUGCAGCGGCACAGGCGUAUGGAGAAGGACAGGAGGAGCCAAAUGCAGAGCAACAUGCUUCUCAAUGGGCUUUGGAGCAGGCUCGGCAACGGGCGGGCACGGAGCCCAGUGCGGCCGCAGAGCAGGCCGGAGAGCAAAGGGCUCCUCAGGAGACGUCGGAGCCUUCUGAAGCUGAAGAGGAGGUGCCGGAGCAUGAUUGCUCCGCAAACACGGAGAACUGGAUGGAGAUGUGGUCCUUGGAGAAGAAGCUGUUCUGCUGCCGGAAUGGCGCCAUGCAGUGUCCCUUUUGA